GAUUGGGAUCGAACUAACGCGUCCUUUAAUUGUAUCGAUGGAAUAUCGAUAGAAAAGUGUUUUUAUUUGUCGGUAUUUCUGUGAUGGGCAUCUGGUGCACGCGGACGCCAUUUUCGCUGCGAGCAUCGGCCACGUCCUAACUUGAUGGCAGGAGAUUUGGAUCUGUUAAUGUGUUUCCAUCAUCAAGGGCCGUGUUGUUGAAUCAUCUGCGAAUAAUAAGCAAGUUGUGCGCUAAAAGAUGCCACUCAGGUUAGAUAUCAAGAGGAAGCUCACUGCUCGCUCGGACAGAGUGAAGAGCGUUGAUCUUCAUCCGACAGAACCAUGGAUGCUCUGUUCAUUGUACCAGGGAAAUGUGAACAUUUGGAACCAUGAAACACAAACAUUGGUCAAGACCUUUGAAGUCUGUGACCUACCGGUUCGAACAGCCAAGUUUGUGCCGCGUAAGAAUUGGGUGGUCACAGGGUCGGAUGACAUGCAGAUCAGAGUAUUCAAUUAUAAUACCCUCGAAAGGGUACAUUCCUUCGAAGCACACAGUGAUUAUGUCAGAUGUAUAGCAGUGCAUCCAACACAGCCAUUCAUACUAACCAGUAGCGAUGACAUGUUGAUCAAAUUAUGGAACUGGGAGAAGGCUUGGAUCGGGCAGCAAAUCUUCGAGGGGCACACUCACUAUGUAAUGCAAAUUGUCUUUAAUCCAAAGGACAACAACACAUUCGCCAGUGCAUCUUUGGACAGAACCGUGAAAGUAUGGCAGCUGGGCUCCUCCACUGCCAAUUUUACAUUAGAAGGACACGAAAAGGGUGUCAACUGUGUGGACUAUUACCAUGGCGGUGAUAAACCGUAUCUAAUAUCAGGAGCUGACGACAAAUAUGUUAAAAUAUGGGACUACCAGAACAAGACUUGCGUGCAGACAUUGGAAGGACACACGCAGAAUAUUUCAGCUGUCUGUUUCCAUCCAGAAUUACCUAUUAUUCUUACCGGUUCAGAGGAUGGAACAGUCAGAAUAUGGCACGCUGGAACAUACAGAUUAGAAUCUUCUUUAAAUUACGGCUUCGAGAGAGUAUGGACAAUAGCCUGCAUGCGAGGCUCGAAUAAUGUCGCUAUCGGUUACGACGAGGGUAGCGUUAUGGUGAAAGUUGGUAGAGAGGAGCCAGCAGUAUCUAUGGACUCAUUGGGUGGUAAAAUUGUCUGGGCCAAACACAGCGAAAUACAACAAGUCAAUCUUAAGGCCCUAGGAGAGGAAGCACAAGAUGGAGAACGUCUCCCAUUGGCAGUGAAAGACAUGGGCGCUUGUGAAAUUUAUCCACAGACCAUCCAACAUAAUCCAAAUGGGAGAUUCCUGGUGGUCUGUGGGGACGGAGAAUACAUUAUUUACACAUCUAUGGCACUAAGAAAUAAAGCAUUCGGUCAAGCGUCAGAAUUCGUAUGGGCAGCCGACUCUAGCCAGUAUGCUGUCAGAGAAAGUAAUACCACUGUCAAAGUCUUCAAAAACUUCAAGGAGAAGAAAAGCUUCAAACCCGACUUUGGGGCUGACGGUAUUUUUGGUGGAUUUUUAUUGGGAGUAUCUUCCGGGUCAAGCCUAUCCUUCUUCGACUGGGACUCGUUGAAGUUAAUUCGUCGCAUAGACAUCCAACCGACACACGUUUAUUGGGCCGAAAACGCUUCGCUGGUGGCACUGGCGACGUUCGAUCAGUACUUUAUACUGAAAUAUCAUUCCGAUGCUGUUGUAAAUGCACCGGAGAAUUCAGAGGACAUCGAGACCGCGUUUGAGAUGGUCGCAGAAAUGAGCGAAGUCGUGAAAACCGGUCUCUGGGUCGGCGAUUGCUUCAUCUACACAAACAGCGUGAACAGGGUGAACUAUUUCGUUGGUGGUGAGGUGGUGACUGUCUCACAUUUGGACAGACCGAUGUAUCUGCUCGGCUACGUGCCGCGGGACAACAGACUGUACUUGUGCGACAAAGAACUUUCGGUCGUCUCCUAUGCCCUAUUACUCUCCGUGUUGGAGUAUCAGACAGCCGUCAUGCGAAAAGAUUUCGAAACCGCGGACAGAGUGUUGCCCACUGUUCCGAAAGAGCACCGUACCCGAGUCGCCCAUUUCUUGGAGAAACAGGGCUUCAAGGAACAAGCGUUAGCGGUCUCCACGGAUCCAGAGCAUAGGUUCGAGCUGGCAUUAGCGUUAGGGGAUCUCAGCACGGCCCAUACACUUGCCAAAGAAGCGAACAGUCAGCAGAAAUGGCGACUGUUGGCGUCCCUGGCGACGCAAAAGGGUAAACUGUGCCUGGCGCAAGAGUGUUUGCAUCAAGCGCAAGACUUCGGGGGCCUUUUGUUGCUCGCGACCAGCACCGGUAACGCGGACAUGAUCCAGAAACUCGGCACCGAUGCAGACGACACGGGGAAAAACAAUAUAUCGUUCUUAUCGUACUUCAUUCUUGGGGAUAUAGACAAGUGCUUGGACAUUCUCAUAAAAACGGACCGUAUCCCGGAGGCUGCGUUCUUCGCGAGGACGUACGCUCCCAGUAAGGUCUCGCCCAUUGUGAAAUUGUGGAAGGAGAAGCUUUCGGCGGUCAGCGAGAAGGCUGGACAGAGUUUGGCCGAUCCUGAACAGUACGAGAAUCUGUUCCCUGGAUACAGCGAGGCACUGAAGGUCGAACAAUUCCUGAAGGAAGAAAGUAAAGAGAGAAUCCCAGCUGUUGCGUUCCCGACGGUGCAGUCCAAUGUCGAAAGGAAGCCUCUGGAGGAGAUGUUAGCCGCAGAACAGGCGAAUCUAUUCACGUAUACCGGCGCCACGGUGACCAGCGAACCGGAAGUGCCAUCCACCGAGGUCUUGACGAACAGGUUACAGGAUCUGGAUAUCGGUAAGGUGAUCCCACCUACAAUCGAGAUACCAACCGUCCCGGAAACGACGAAGACCAGCAGUUCUAGGCCACUGACAGUGGAUGACGAUGAUCUGGACCUUGAUCUCGAGAUCGAUGAUACCAUCGACACGACUGGUGUGAAUCUCGACGACGAUCUCCUCGAGGAAGAUUAGCCGUUCGAUUGGAAGGCGAGCAGCGUGUACGUCUCGUACGUGCGAUUUCCAUUCUCCUUCCCGUCAGUCAUUCCCCGCGAGUCGAUCGGAGUCGUUUUAGAAAAAAGAAAAAAUCAAGUAUUACCGUUGACGGACAUUAAUUGUGCGCGAGUGUUUUUAUCAACGCAUACGAUUUAACCGAAUCGAGAAACGCAGUCUGUGCACGCGGACUUUACCCGUGUACCGGAGAUAUUAAAUAUAUAUAUUGUUAAUAUAACACAGAAAUAUUUGGACGGCGAGCUUUAAUCUCUUGUCACUUCCCUUUCGCAGCCUCGUCCCCUCGGAAGACGGUCGUCGCCGCGUCUCAGAAUCCCUUAACGACCCCGUCGAAUUAGGAACGAAACAACAAGCAUGUGCAUGAGGAGAAGGCUCGUGUACAGAAGAUUAAAAUAUAUUGUUAAGAUAACGAAUCUAGUGCCGUACAUUUGAAACCCCUUAGCCACCUUCCAUCGCAGCCACAUCCUUCGACAGGAGUUAUAGGAGAUAAGAGCACUCUCAGAUCCGCAUGAAUCUUGAUCCGUAUUACUGAAGAAUUUAAGCAUAGUGUGUAUACCGUCUCCCACUGCAUGGAGAUUUUACAUCGAAGAAUUAUUGUACAGUUUGUAUUAAAUAUAUUAUUUGUAUAAUAGGA